AAUUAUUGUUGUUUACAUGUAUCCGCGUGCAACAUUUUAGAUUACCAGUUCGUCGAUAAAGGCGAGCGAGAACGUUCGAUGCUUGGAUAGGCGACCGUGGAUGGCGCCACGGUCGGUCGUCGCGAGUCUCACCCCUUGCGUCUGGCAUCCAGCGCCGCUUCCCAUCGUUCGCGAUAGGUCCAUCGGGCCGGACGAGCCGCUAGUCAAGUUAGUACGACUCGUGACGUCGCGGUUGUUGGUUGUUCGGUUUCCUGGUGUUCGCGGUGGCCGUCUUGUCGGCGAUGUGACCGGUUCUUGAAAGUGACGUGCGCCUUUACUCGUAUCCUUCGACGCUUGAUCGCGUACGCCAGCAACCUCGAUUUUCAAAACGUAAAACGCGAGGGAACGUGUAAUCGUUUGUUUCCGGCGUGCGUCUCGCCGCAUCCGUCGUCGUGCCUGUUCGCCGGGAAUUCAACCCUGUCGACGAUCGCCAGUAAACUAUUGGAAGAAAUCGUGACCGCUCGGUUCCGAUCGAGGUCUUCGGCAGUCGUCGAUGUCGUUGCGACGUCUUAACGGCAGUGUCGAGCGUCGUCGUCUCGUUUGUCUGUCGCGGUCGGUGUGCAAGAACGGAACCGCGACGCGAUGCUCGUACGCGUUCGCUCGUGAUCGUUCCGAUCGUCCGUUACUCGAGUCCGGACUAUUGGCGUUAACGACGCGCCGAGCGGGGUCGGCUAAUUAAUCAACCGCCGGGUACGAUUCACGCUGGAGAGGGGGGCGUGUGUCUUCCGUGGACUUGGGAAACUCGUUUCGGUUUGAAGUCGGUCGCGUUUUGCGGUGCGGCGCGCGCGCACGAGCGAGCCAGCGCGAUCGGUAAUUCGAGUGCGAAAGAAUUCGCGUCGCCACGGCGCGCGAUUCCUUACCGGCGAAAGUGAGUCUACGCGCGCGCUAGUAGGAGAGGAGAGCGGCUGAUCACGAUAGAAACGUAAACGCCGGAGAGCGCGCAGAUAUCGAGGACGCAGAGGGAAGGACGGGAAAACAUGUCGAGGCUGCUGAAAGGCGAACCGACGGGCGGUUAUGUCAUUGACUCUGACGCGUCUCGUCGAAUGUAUUAACCGGGCCGCCGAUGACGCGUAGCGUGGUGUGAGAGAAGAGCGAAGAGCGGCGGUGGACGAGACACACCGGGACACACGCUGGUUAUCCAUCGAAGGAACGACAACCGUCUUCUGAUUUAGCCGUAGAAAGAAAAGCAGGCCAGGCCAGUUCGUGCCCCCUAUUGCCUACCGGAAGUCAUAUGCCCAUACACGCGCGUAAAACGGUAAAUCAUCGUAGAAGCAAACGCCUCUGACGAGCGCACCCGUUUAUUUUACGUUGGAUCCCGAAGCACGCCCGCUCCUCAAACUCUGUCCGUUUUGUUUUGCUUGGUUCGUCUCGUGCCUUGAUUCUUUCGUCUUUUUCCGAGGUACGUCGACAAGCGUGGCGCUUGCGAGGAAAUCGAAAUGGUCGAGUUGUGCGGAAGCGGACAACCGACAUCGGCGAUGGGCGUGAUGGGGAUCGGAUCGGUGGUGUCGGCGGCUACGUCGUCCUCUUCCUCGUCGACGUCGACCACGGCUGCGUCGUCCUCGGCGUCGGGACGCGCCGGGGUCCUCGAGACGCAGGUACGCAGCCAGUGGUACCGCGUGUUCGUCUCGCUGGAGGACGAUUACCUGAGCAUCUCUCUGGACGAGAGCUGCGAGACGGGUAACAACGCCCUCAACAACGGCAAUAUCAACAACAAUAACGUGGACAGUCUGAACGACCCGGACGUGCCCGACUCCGUGGCCAAUCAGAAGCGGAUCGUGCGCGUGGUGAAAAGCGACAACAACGGUCUGGGCAUCUCGAUCAAGGGCGGCAAGGAGAACAAAAUGCCGAUCCUGAUCUCGAAGAUCUUCAAGGGGAUGGCGGCGGACGCCACCGAGCAGCUUUACGUGGGCGACGCGAUCCUGGCCGUGAACGGGGAGGAUCUACGCGAGGCGACCCACGACGAAGCGGUGAAGGCGCUCAAGAGGGCUGGCAAGGUCGUCGAGCUCGAAGUGAAAUAUCUGAGGGAGGUGACGCCGUACUUCAGGAAGGCUUCGAUCAUCCAGGAAGUCGGCUGGGAGCUGCAGCGCGGCUUCCUCAGCGCGACGCCUCCGCCGCCCAAGUCACCACCGCGAGCGGAUACUCGUUAUCUGCCGCUGCAACUCUGCAGACUCACCAGGGCUCAUCCUUCCUCCGAUACCGAGGGUCGUAUUCUGGAGCUUCAUUCCCCGGAUGGCGUGCACGAGUGUUGGCUGAGAGCCGCGGACAACGCCGAGGCGAACGUUUGGUUCAACGCUCUGCACUCAGCGCUGGCUGCCCUCACCUUGAAGGCCCUGAGACUGGCCUCCGCGCUUCCGGAUCCGCCACAGCUUCAACACAUCGGCUGGCUCGCCAGGAGACACUGCCUUCAGAACGGACGAGCCAGCAGCGAGAGCAGCGAGGACGGCGCAGGAAGCAGCGCGAGCACCUCGCGAGGAGCCGGAAGCGGCUUCGGGCUCGGGGGUGGCUGCACCGGAGGAUGGCGCAGCGUCUUCGGGGCAGUCUCAGGACGAGAAUUGAGGCUCUACGAGUGCGCGCCCUGGAGUCCAGAAGCCUGGGCUUCCCCCAGCAUCACGUGUCCUCUGAUAGCCACCAGAUUGGUCUCGUCGCCGACAAGACCAAACGAGGCGGCGAGUAGCAGUAGCGGCGCGACGCAGCACGCCGCGACGUUCGCGGUGCGGGUGGGCACGAUCGACGGCGUCGUGACGCAUCAUUUGCGCGCCGAGACGAGAAGGGACCUGGCAGCCUGGGCCAGGGCGAUCGUUCAGGGUUGUCACGCGGCCGCCCACUCGUUGCGCGAAUACACCGUUCGGUGCACGUGGCAAGGAAAAGCUUGCCAGUUGGUUGUGAACCACGAGGACGGUUUCGCGUUGUACGCUGCCGGGACCAGGGGCGUGGGUGGAAACGGGCUCAGUCCUGGCUCACCCCCGGCGCCCUUAUGGAGACGAUCCUUCGACAAACUGAAAAUGUCCGCCGACGACGGGGCGCGUCUGCUGUGGCUCGAUUUCGGCGGGGAGGAUGGCGAGAUUGAGCUGGACCUCGAGAGCUGCCCGAAGCCGAUCGUGUUCGUCCUGCACAACUUCCUCUCGGCGAAGAUCCACCGGCUCGGAUUGAGCGCAUAGGGGUACGAGGGGGCCCCGACAGAGGCCCCCGACCUGCCGCCCCACACCACCAGGUCCGUCACCAGCGUCUUCCUUCACUGAACUCGAUCCGACCGAAAGAGAGGAGGGAAGAGAGAGGGUGCCAGGCAGGAGAGAGCAACGAAGACCACACACAGAGACUCGACGGUCCGGGAAGACGCGUUGGAGGUUUCCGCCGGAAGGGACGUUCGCAUGUUCGAGACGAUGCUGAUAGAGAGAGAGAGAGAGAGAGAGAGAGAUAGACUCUUUUAACGCGAGAGAAAAUAGAAGAAAGUAUACAUGGGCGACUCGAAGCCAUCCACCUUGGUCGCGAUUUAUCGAGGAAAGCACAUCCGUAGGCUAGCGUCCAGCGGGAGAUUGGGUCGGGCUGGAGGGAAUCGUAACUA